AUCUCAGCAGUGACUGAACCUUUGUCGUUGGUAUAUUCUUCUGGGGAGAUCGAGAACUGUCACUCAUCAUUCUACGCUGAAGAGGUGAGGCCUCAGACAGCCUAUGGAAGAAAUCUUGGACUUGACCUGAAGGCACAAAAAAGACUCCUUAAAGGACUUAAGUGACAGUUGAUGUUGUUGUGGACAAAACAAUCACAUUUUCAAGAUUGUUGUUGACGCCUAAAAAUAAGCAAACAUGACGGAGGACAUGAAAUACAGAGGAAAGAAGAGGGAAGGAAGACACAGGGAUACAUGGGAUCCAUUCCAACUGAACCCAAUCGGAGCAGAAAAAGAGAAGAAGAACAGUUGUUUUGUGAUCGCACAAUACCUGGUGGCUGCUAUUGUGGGCUUACUAGUUUUAACCAGUGCCGUCAUUGCAAAGGGAUCCCUCUUGGUGUUGUCAACUUUGUCCCGUCCAAGUUACACCAAAACUGUAGAUAAAGCCUCAGGACGCCACACAUUCAAACAGUAUUAUGACCAGGACCAACAGUUCUACAUGCUGAUGCUGGUGUUCUGCCUGGUCUGGCCCAAUUUCCUGGUCUUUAUCAAAUCUCUUUGGAAGAUUCUCUUCAAAAGCUUUGUGAAACCCAACCUGAAGACUAUGGGAUUUAUCUGUCUGAUUGAGUGCAUGGUGUCUCUUGGAACCUCAGUCCUGGUGCUCGUAGUUAUGCCAAAGUUCGACAUACUGACCAACCUCUUCAUCAGCGGCGGAGUCUGCAUCGUUUCUGCAAUAAUGCAAAUCAUUUUCAAACUACAAAGAGAAAAAUGGAAGAUCCUGUUCCCAAUCUGCUCACUCUUUUUCACCGUAACUGGGUACUGCCUUCUUGGAGUUGACUUCUAUGUCCGCCAGGAGUUAUAUGUAAACGGCGAAAAACCUUCUCCGUAUAUGUAUGUGGGAAUUGGAAUCUUUGCAUCACUCCUGAUUUCUAUCUGCUGGUGGGAAAACACACUGCAAGCCACAAACCGCAUGCAGAAAACACUAUCAGAGCUGGAGGGUUUCAGGGACUUUGUCUUUGUGAUCAGCAGCAUUUUAAGGAUACUUGUCAUUGGUGCGGUUUACCUGCUGUACCACAAAGCCAUUAACCCCGGAAAUAUUCAGUGGGAUAUGUAUAACUUAGGUGGACAAAAAUGGCAAAUCUUGAGGACAGGACUGGUGCUGUUUUUCUUACAGGCUUUCUGCUCAGCAGCCUGCCACUGGUUUGGUGUUGUGGCCUGCAAGAUCCAUGCUGUCAGAAUGAGUUUUGCUCUUCCCCUGUGCAGCACAGGACCUGCAGUGUUGGGGCUGGGCUUGAUACUUUUCAUGACUGAGGCAACAAAACUGGAUACAGGAAGUUCAGAUUCUAUUACUGAUUUUUGCUUGAGCUUAAGAGGCAUGGGAAACGAAAACGCGACAAUGAUCAUGCUUGAGAUAACCAGGAGCAUCUGUCAGACCACCCUCAACAGUCACUACUUGCAAUGGCCGUUCUCAAUGCUGGCCCUGGAGGGAGUGUGUAUGUGGUUGGGCUUGGUCUCAUGUACCUACUACGUAUGGAAGACUAAGGUCCAGCGUAUUGAGAGAACCUCUCAACUCUUUGUUCGUCGCCUCUAUGAAUCCGCUUUCAUUGAUUUGUCCAUGCUCCUCAACACAAAGAUGAAACUACCAAAGGCUGCAAGUAACGAAAGCCAAGAUGAACUUCAGAGCACCAUGAUCUACCUCUGUGCCACCAUGUGGCAUGAGACUUACGAUGAAAUGCUGAAGAUUCUCACCUCCAUGUUCAGGUUGGACCGAUAUCGAGGAGAUCCAAAGGAGGAACACAAGGAUGCUUUCGACUUUGAGUCUCACAUUUUUGUAGAUGACGCCUUCAUGACCCACAAAGAAACGCAGCACAGGCUGGUGAAUGAAUACGUGGACGACUUAAUCAAAGUUGUGAUAGAGGUUUAUAGAGUUUUCACCAACAAAGAGCCUGAUGAUGUUUCAAUUGUUGAGACUCCUUAUGGUGGAAGAUUAAUGUUUGUCAUGCCAGACGGAAACAUGCUUUUUGUUCAUCUGAAGGACAAAAGUCUCAUCAGGAACAAGAAAAGAUGGUCUCAGAUCAUGUACAUGUAUUAUCUGCUGGGCUGGAAAGGCUACAUUGUCAAGAACCCUCACAAGUUGCCACGGAUGAACAACACCAGAGACAGUUUGGUCUCCAUGGAUGGGGAGAUGUUCCUGUUACCUCAGUUUGACAAUGACCACAAGAGAAAGUUCAUCUCAGAGGACAACACAUACAUCCUGGCUCUGGAUGGAGACACUGAUUUUCAACCGAAAGCUGUCAUUUUGCUUGUGGACAGGUUGAGGAUGUAUGAGAAUGUUGGAGCAGCAUGUGGAAGAAUCCAUCCGACUGGGAUGGGUCCGAUGGUGUGGUACCAGAAGUUUGAAUAUGCUGUGGGCCACUGGCUUCAGAAAACAUCAGAGCACGUGUUUGGUUCUGUGCUUUGCAGCCCAGGAUGCUUCAGUCUGUUCAGAGGAUCUGCCUUAAUGGAUGACCACGUCUUAAAGAGAUACACACAAACCUCUUCAAAUGCUUCAGACUACGUACAAUAUGACCAAGGGGAGGAUCGCUGGCUCUGUACUUUGCUGCUGCAGCAAGGCUGGCGUGUUGAAUACAAUGCUGCAUCAGAUGCUUACACCAACUCACCGCAGGAAUUCAAGGAGUUUUACAACCAGAGGAGACGAUGGGGCCCAUCCACACUGGCAAACACACUGGACCUUUUGCACAGCGGUCCAGAGACAGUGAAGAAAAACUCAUCCAUCUCCAGGCUUUACAUCUUUUACCAGAUGUUCGCUGUGGGAUCUUCUAUCCUGGGUCCAGCCUCAGUCACUUUGAUGAUAGCUGGUGCUUUUCAGUUUAUCUUCAAAAUGGCUGGCACGCUAUCCAUCAUCGUCGCCAGUAUCCCUCCUGUGAUCUACAUCAUUAUUUGCUUUACGGUCAAGCCCAACACUCAAAUCACAAUCGCCGGCAUUAUGAGCGUGCUCUAUGCCUUUCUCAUGACAGCCUCCUUCUUUUCCAUCAUUGGUGACAUGGUGAUCCAGGAAACCUUCUUGACCCCCACCGGCUUAUUUUUGGUUUCUAUGGCAAUCAUGUACUUUGUGACGGCUUUGCUUCACCCACAGGAGUUUGGGAUGAUUAUCUAUGGUCUGAUGUAUUUCAUCUGUAUCCCCAGUGGAUACCUCCUACUGACCAUCUACUCACUGGUUAACAUGAACAUUGUGACUUGGGGCACACGAGAGUCCAAGGAAGAAGGUGAAGUAAAGAAAAACCACAAUAUGGUGUGCAAUAAAGACUGCAGGCUCUGCUGCUGGGACUGGAAGAUACAGAUUACCCAAGAGUCAGAGAACCCAGUGUUUCAGCAGAUCAUGAGUCAGGCCGCACAUGGAGCACCUUUGCUCAAACCCACCAUUAAUGAAAAGGCUCUGCCAGCCCCAAGCACCGAGCCUCAGACCAGACCUCAAGACGACGCAAAGAUGGAAAAAGAGGAGGAGGCGAAAAAAGACAAAGCAGGAAAACAAAAAGGGAAGAAAGACAGCGGAGUUGCUCAGAGUGACAGUGGCAGCUUUGAGAAGAGGGACUCCUAUCAAAGCUCCUCAUCAAGCUCAUCUGAUGAGAAUGAUGAGGAUGAUGACAAUGAUGACGAUAAAAAAAACAAGAGCUUCAAAAUUGGUGAAUUAGAAGAAGUGGCUGAGGAUUCUGUCCAGGAGUGGGUAAAGCCAGUGAGGCAGGAGUUUUUGAAGAAGCUGACAUUUGCCAAUAUGAAGAGGAAUCUGCAAGAACAAAUCCGGUACGCACUCCGCAACAACAGAAACAAUGAUGAAGUGUGUGAAGACUUGGUUCUCAUGUUAACCGACACUCUCAACGUGGAGCUGGGUGGAUUGGGGCCCGAGACUGUUUUAACAUCGGUUGAGAUUGAAAACGUGCAAUUUCAAUUGACAAAGCAGGCCCGACAAGUCCUAAAAACCAACCGAUCAAUGAAAUUGGAGAGGAAAGUGAAAAGAGCCAUUGAAAAAACCCUGUCUGCUCCGCAGGUGCAAAAACUGGAUGAAGGGGAACAGGACUUCUGGAUCAAGCUCCUUGACCGCUACUUGGCGCCAAUUAAAGAGUCAGCUGAACACAAGUUGAUGGUCACCAAGGAGCUGAAGUCACUACGGAACAAGGCUGUGUUCUUGUAUUUCAUCGUCAAUUUGCUGUGGGUGGUGGCAACCUUCUUCCUGCAAGCUAUUGGCAAUGACGUCAUCAGCAUCAAGAUCCCCAAAUAUUAUACAAAUGGAACUGAAACUGGAGAAUUCCUUAAGGUGGAGCCCCUCAGUUUGAUGUUCUUGCUGUCCUUUGCUGUUCUUCUCCUUGUCCAGUUUCUAGCUAUGUUGUACCACAGAGUCUACACCCUCAUCCACGUGGUUUCAUAUCGCAGCACGGAAAAGAACUACAAGGAAAGGAGUGAUGAUGAAGACGAAGAGGACGACAACGUCAUAGGGAACCAAUAUGCUCUGUCAAUCACCACUGAGGAUAGUUUUUAAGUCAUUAGUGAAUUUUUUUAAACUAUUUCAGUGUAGACUGGAACCAUCAGACAAAUCCCUUUCCAAACCUGCACAUGUUCAUGUCACAGAACACAUUUUAAUGUUUUAUUAAUUCCAUCUGUGGUCACACAAUUAAAGCACAGUAUAGAAUUUAGUCAGCAAUAACUUCAAUUUGUGUGUCUUGGACUAUUUAUUUUGUUUUUAUUUGUAAAUGCAACAAAUUUAAAACUUAUGGAGAGGUAUUUUCCAACGUUUAGACAUCAUUGUCUUCUUUGCAUUUUUAUAAUAUAGGAUCUAAUAAGGAAAACCUGCUCGUCCAUCAAGUGUUUGCCUGCAUUUCUAGCCGUCUUUGAACAUCGUCAGGAGUCACUUAAAUACAGUUCAUGGAUUAUUUGCACUUAGUUUAUUGUGAUCAGUAUCUUUUAUGCUGGCAGCCUGUACUCAGUGGAAAGUGAAAAUCAUCUUCAUAAAAAAAUGCACUUUACUGACAGGUUAAUGAAGUUAAUGUUAAAAUGAUAUUUAUAUAUCAAAUUGUAAACAAACAAAAAACUUUAAGAAAUGAUGCAUAAAACCUACUUGUCCUUUUUCGUUUUAGUAAAAAAAAAACUUUGGAAACAGAUGCAUAAAAAUGAACUUGUCAGAGGAUCAGUUUAGUUUUUCUAACUUAUUAAAUUUUUUAAUCUUUGCAAUUUUUAAACACAAUCAGGUUUGUGUGAUCUAUGAACUGCACCCUCUGCAGAAACUUUCCACGUCUCCUUUUGUAAUUUUGUAAGCUGAUCGAUUUUGGAUUCAAACUGUUAAUACUUUACAUGUUUCUAUACUUGCUUAACCAUAUAUUUAGAUGACUAUUUCCUACUUGUACUUUAAUGUUUUCAGACAAUGAUUCAUACAGUGCCAUGCAAAAGUAUUCAUGUUCGUUCCUUUUGUUGCUUUCAUAAAUCACUCCUGGUCAAUAAAA